AUGAAGAUCGUGGUUGCCAAAGUGCUGUGUCUGCUGGGCAUCUGCGUCCUCAUGCUGGCUGGGUCCCUCCUCCCUGUCAAGAUAAUUGAGGCUGAUUAUGAGAAAGCUCAUCGCUCCAAGAAGGUCCUUGCCCUCUGCAAUUCUUUUGGAGGAGGAGUCUUCCUGGCCACCUGCUUCAACGCCUUGCUGCCUGCCGUGAGAGAAAAGCUCGAUGAAGUUCUCAAGCAAGGGAACGUGACCACGGACUACCCGGUGGCUGAGACCAUCAUGAUGGUCGGCUUCUUUGUGACGGUCUUUGUGGAGCAGCUCAUCUUGACCUUCCAGAAGGAAAAGCCAUCCUUCAUUGACUUAGAGACAUUCAAUGCUGGUUCAGAUGUUGGGAGUGACUCCGAAUACGAGAGUCCCUUCAUCGCACCUUCCCGAGGACAUGCGUUGUACAGUGAACACGGUCACCACUCCCACAGCCACGGCCUGAACAUCCAGGAGCUCUCCCGCUCCAGUCCCUUACGGCUCAUUGGGCUGGUCUUUGCUUUAUGUACGCACUCCAUCUUCGAGGGACUGGCCCUGGGUUUGCAGGAGGAAGGAGGCAAAGUCAUGAGCUUGUUCCUGGGAGUUGCCGUUCAUGAGACACUGGUAGCGGUGGCGUUGGGCAUCAGCAUGGCCAAGACCUCAUUGCCGCUGAAGGAUGCCGUGAAGAUAGCUGUGACAGUGAGCUUGAUGAUCCCUCUGGGCAUUAGCAUUGGGAUGGGGAUUGAGAGCACCCAAAAUGCAGCCAGCAAGAUCACUUCCCUGCUCCUGCAAGGCAUCGCGGGGGGCACUUUCUUGUUCAUCACCUUCUUUGAGGUCCUUGCGAAGGAGUUGGACGACAAGAAUGACCGUCUCUUGAAGGUUCUCUUCCUGGUGCUGGGCUACAUGGCUCUGGCUGGUCUGGUCUUCUUCAAGUGGUGA